UUUUACGUGCCCUACUGGGAACCCUGUAGACCCGGAAACGGUGUUCGGACCAUGAGAUCCGAACAUUCCGGGUCUUCUCUUGCGCGCUCAACUCUCAGCGCCAUAAGCCUCUCUCCCUCUCCCUGCAUUUGUAUUCGGUCUGGGGAGGAAAGAUUUGAAGUUUUACUAUUUGGAAGAACCAGUACCAGUAUGUACCAGAUUAUUUUGUUACUCUCUAUUUUACGAGGUUGUUAAAUCUCCAUCAUCAGGUUAAGCUACUUGCCUCUGUAAUGUGGAAAUCUUCAGUUGUUGGAAUCUUGCUCCACUUCAGUUUUUGAAUUCAGAUGACAGUCACCAUGUACUUUUCAAUCUUUCAAGCUCCCAGAAGCAGAAUUGAUACUUUAGCUGUCUUUGGGUGGGAAAGUUUCCGCAGUUUAAGCAAGACUUAUAAAAAUAGUCCCAGUUCUAAGUUGUUUGCUUCCAAUACCUAUGGAGUUGGAGAACACAAUAGAAGAUCCAUUAGAAGAACUAUAACUACAAAAACAGAAACAGGAAAGAAGAACACCCAGAGCAGUAAACGUAGUAGUGUAAAACAUGAAGUCUUGGAUGAAACAGUCUCAACAAGAACCGAAUUAAAUAUAAAUAAAUCAGAGAUUACUGAAUUCCAAAGACUUCAAUACUGUGGUAUUCAGCAGAAAAUUGCUGAAAACAAGGACUUGGCCAGCCUUGUAACAGUUAUUGUUUUUGAUAUUGAGACAACUGGGUUUAGCAGAGUGAGAGACCGGAUUAUUGAGAUUGCUCUGCAGGAUCUUACUGGUGGUGAAAACAGCACAUUCCAGACACUAGUGAAUCCUGAAUGCUAUGUGCCAAAUCCUCAUGUCCAUGGAAUCACAAAUCAUAUGGUCAACAGGCCUGAAGUCCCAAGGAUGGAAGACCUGAUUCCAAUCUUACUGCAGUAUGUCAAAAGCCGCCAGAAACCUGGAGGGUAUGUAUUAUGGGUUGCUCAUAAUGCUCGCUCUUUCGAUGUUCCUUUCCUGAUAAAUGAAUUUAGCCGCUGCUCCACCGAGGUUCCUGAGAAUUGGAGGUUUGUGGAUACGAUCCCUCUAGCCCGUGAAAAAAAUAAGUCUGAAGGAUUGAAGGUUUCUUCAGGAACAUCACUGCAAGCCCUUCGUGAAUUCUACAAGAUUCAACUGAUUGGUUCAGCUCACAGAGCAAUGUCGGAUGUGAACACGUUGUCACUGGUUCUCCAAAGAUUGACUUUCGACCUAAAAGUGACAGUAUCAGGUCUUGUUGAAAGAUCAUUCACAGCCCAGGACAUGGCUAGCUCCAAGAAGAAGAAGAAAUCUGUCUAGCUUCCAGACAUGCUUUACCCUUGUAGUAAUAUUAACCAUUGUUUGUAAUUUUUAACUCAAUUCUAAUGAAUAAAAUCUCUGGGACAAUAUUUAUUCA